AUGAUCUUUGCUGUGAGAGAAAUAAACCAACGGCAAGACCUUUUGCCAAACUUAUCAUUGGGCUACCACAUCAAGGACAGUGGUGAUGACAUACCUGUAUCUGUGAAGAGAUCUCUUCUUCUGGUCAAUGGACAGCCAGAAAAGGACAGUGGACAGAGCUGUACAAAAGAUAUACAAAAGCAGCCGAGCCCUGUAAUCGUGGGAGAUGCUGCAUCAGGAGUCUCCAUGGCUGUUCUGAGAACUUUAGGAUCCUUUAAAAUACCCAUGGUGAGCUACUUUGCAUCCUGUUCAUGUCUCAGUAACAAGAAAGAGUUUCCAGCAUUCAUGCGGACAAUGCCAAGUGAUGUAUUUCAGAUUAAAGCUUUGGUAAAACUUGUUCAAUAUUUUCAAUGGACAUGGGUUGGGGUGAUCGGUGUGGAAUCAGAUUAUGCUCGCUUUGCAAUCCAGCUUUUCUUAAAGGAGUCCGAAACAUUUAAUAUUUGUCCUGCUUAUGUUCACUUCUAUUCUGUUGUUUUGAUGCAAGAUGCAGUGGAGGAACUUGUGGACAUUUUAAAAUCAUCUUCUGCCACAGUCAUAGUAAACUUCUCUGGGGAAUCAGAACUACAUAGUAUACUAAAAGAGUGCAGACGGCAAAAUCUUACUCAUCUACAGUGGAUUGCCAGUGAGGCCUGGGCCACAUCUAAAGCCCUCUGGGGCAAUUUUGGUGAUCUGUUGAAAGGAACAUUAGGGUUUGCCAUACGGAGAGCUGAUAUUCCACAUCUUGGUAGUUACCUCAGAAGAGUAAAUAUUUCUGUUGCUCAGAAGUCAGAUUUUCUCUCCGAGUUUUGGGAAGAGACUUUCCAUUGUCGACUGAAUGGGUCUUUAAAUACUCAUGUACAUGGAGAACAGCCACAGAACUGGCCACCUUGUAAUGGCAGUGAGAGUUUGGAUGAUGUAUACACUCCUUAUUUAGACGUGUCACAACUCAGAGUCUCCUACAAUGUUUAUAAGGCUGUGUAUCUCAUAGCAAAUGCACUACAUGACAUGAGCACGUGUGAACCAGGAAAAGGCCCCUUUCAGAAUGGGACAUGUGGGUGUCUGUCUCAAAUUCUGCCAUGGCAGGUGUGUCUUACUCACCAUUUUGCAUUUUCUGCCUAUAUUGUGCUAAUAAGAAAUUAUCAAACACUGUACACAUUUUAAAACAAUGUUUAAAUGUAACAUAUAUGCAUUCUAUAUA